AUGGCCUUGCUAAAGAAAAGCUCGAGUGUCUCUGUUUUGGUUGAGGAGACAAAUGCCAAUUAUGGCUCAGUAAACGCGGAAGGUGAAGAGAGCAGUAGCGUUGAAUCUAUAGAGCACGAUGGCUUCUCUUCCGUACCAAAUUUUUUUUGGAUGGAAUUAUCACUCUUGUCGAAUGUUUUCCUUUCUGGCUUUGAUGCCACAGUUACCGCAUCGACUUACACUACUAUUGGGAACGAAUUUGACUCUGUGAACUUAGCUUCUUGGAUUACUACUAGUUAUCUCAUUACUUCCACUGCAUUUCAACCUCUUUACGGUUCCUUUUCUGAUGUCUUGGGUAGGAGAGUUUGCUUGUUCUUUGCUAUUGCUGCAUUUACUGUAGGCUGCCUAGGAUGUUCCCUUGCAUCCGAUUUGCUCAUUUUGAAUGUUCUGAGAGCUUUGGCUGGCGUAGGUGGUGGUGGGUUAUUGACACUUGCUACUGUCAUUAACUCUGAUAUUGUUCCUAUUAGAAAAAGAGGAUUGUUCCAGGCAUUUCAAAACUUGUGUAUGGGACUUGGGUCGAUAAGUGGUGCUUCAUUUGGUGGGAUAAUCUCAGAUAAGAUAGGCUGGAGGUGGUGCUUUAUUUUGCAAAUCCCUCCAUGUUUAGUUUCAUUUAUUGUUGCUUAUUUCUUCAUCCAGAAUCAGCCAGGGUAUAAGUACCACGAUCCCGAGAUCGAAGGGGGUUCUAUAUUAGAAAAAAUUGAUGUUAGCGGAUCGUUGGUACUAGUAACAGCUUUAACAAUUCAGGUGUUCGUGCUCACUUUAGGAGGGAAUGAAAUACCAUGGAGUGAUUAUAAGUUGAUUUUGCUUGGUUUGAUUGGAUUGGGCUUGAUAAUUUACUUUGUGUACAUUGAAUUAAAUACCAGGUCGGUCCCAAUUAUACCCAUUAAGAGAUUCCACAGCCUUUUCAGCGUAUUGAUGUUAACUCAGAACUUCUUUCUUGGGUUAUCCAGUUAUGCCUACUUAUUCGUUUUACCACUUUUAUUUCAAUUUGUGUUAGGCGAUUCACCUUCUAGAGUUGGACUUAGAUUGGCAAUUCCAGCAUUAUCUACUCCAAUAGGGAGUAUCAUCACUGGAGUAUUGAUGAAUAAAUACAAUUGUUUGAAACCCUUGGUGUAUACUGGGACUUUCAUUAUGAGUUUUGGGAAUUUUUUGGUCUUACUUGUGAGUCCAAAGACAUCUUCCCGUAUAUUGGAUUUAUUAUUAGUUCCAGCUAACUUGGGACAGGGAAUUGCGUAUCCAAGUUGUUUAUUUACCUUUAUUUUUGCCUUUUCCUCGCAAUAUCAAGCGGCUUCAACUUCAACUAUAUACUUGCUGAGAAGUGUAGGAGGAGUUUGGGGAGUUUCUUGCGUCCUGGCAAUAAUUCAGGGUGCAUUGAAAAUAAAAUUAAACAGAGACUUUCAUAAUAAUGAAACUUUGAAAGGGUACUCGGAAAAGAAAAUCGCCAAGUUAAUUGAUAGAAUUGCUCAAUCUACAGAUGUUAUAAAAACGUUACCAGAUGAUUUGAAACAAGUUGUUACUCAGGAUUAUGAAGAAGCCAUAAGGUUAGCACAGCUAUUCUCAUGUAUUUGCUGUACUCUUGCAUUUGUGUGCUGCUUGCUUAGAGAUAUUUUUAAAGCGAAACCAAACCCAACCUAA